UUACCGAUACCGUGUCAAAUUGGUAAGCGGUAUACCGGGGGUAGUGCGGUAUCGGCAUCCGGCGGGCCUCUUGAUAUUUCCGGUAUUACCGAAACCGGUAAACGGUAAACCGGUUACCGUACCGUUUAGCAGCCCUAGAGAAACUAUCCUAAAGGCCGCCACGCAGUUUCUCUCUCUCUCUCUGUGCAAAAUUCGAAUUUCGAAUUCGGAUCCGGAUCCACCGCCCCCCGUUUUGCAAUUUGACCUUUCUCUUCGCGCAUCCUCCAGUUCUUUUUUUCCCUUCCACCAAUCCACCCCCCGCAAAAACCAAGCAGAGAACAGCGCAGAAUCCCUAUUCCCGAUUGCGGCGGAGCUUGUUUGCUUUGUUUCUAUAGCAGCAAUGAGGAAAGGGGCAAAGAGAAAGCGGGCGGAGAAGGCGACGACGGAUAAGAAGGAUAAGGAGGUCGCCGCCGCCGUCGUCGAGGAGCCCAAAGCUUCUACUUCUUCCUCUGCGGAAGCAGAGCCAGCGGCGGCGGAUGGGAAUCAUAAGCAGGCGAAGAAAGGGGCGGCUCCUGCAGCAGCUGCUGCUGCUGGUAAAGCACGCCGAGCUCGAGCUAAGAGCGCGAAGGUUGAGCCUGAGCCGGAGUACUUCGAAGAGAAGCGGAAUAUGGAGGAUCUAUGGAAGGCGGUUUUCCCAGUCGGUACAGAGUGGGAUCAAUUGGAUGGUUUAUACAAGUACAAUUGGGACUUCUCCAAUCUGGAAGAAGCUUUUGAAGAGGGAGGAGCUCUGCAUGGGAAGAAAGUGUAUCUCUUUGGCUGUACUGAACCCCAAUUGGUUCCAUACCAAGGCCAAAACCACGUAAUGAAUGUACCUGCAAUUGUGGCUAUUGUUUCACCUUUCCCUCCAUCAGACAAGAUGGGAAUUAAUUCGGUUCAAAGGGAAACGGAAGAAAUAGUUCCCAUGAAACAAAUGAAGAUGGACUGGGUUCCAUACAUUCCUAUGGAGAACAGGGACACAGAAGUUCUCAGAUUGAAAUCUCAAGUUUACAUCUUGAGCUGCACUCAAAGAAGGGCUGCUUUGAGACAUCUGAAGAUAGACCGGCUUAAGAAAUUCGAAUACUGCCUUCCUUACUUCUAUCAUCCGCUGAAGGAAGACGAAUUUGAACAAAGCACUGAGGUCCAAAUAGUGUUUCCAGCAGAGGACAAGCCGGUUUUAUGUGAGUUUGAUUGGGAAUUGGAUGAGUUGGAGGAAUUCACUGAUAAUCUCAUAAAGGACGAGGCACUAUCUGAAGGUCAGAAGGACGAGUUCAAGGAGUUUGUUAAAAGCAAAGUUCGAGAAUCCAAGAAGGCUAACCGAGAGGCUAGGGAAGCUCGGAAAAGGGCCAGGGAAGAAUUGAGCGCAGACGCCAGAGCUGCCUUUGAGAAUAUGAAGUUCUACAAAUUCUACCCUAAGAAGACUGAUGAUUCUCCAGAUGUUUCUUUGGUUAAGUCACCAUUCAUCAACAGGUAUUAUGGGAAGGCUCACGAGGUUCUGUAAUCGCAAUGAUCUCUGCUCAAUCGAAUCAACUCUGCGAAUCGGGAUGCAGCAUUCAUCUAAUCUAAAGCGCACGGAUGCUAUCAAUGAGAACUCAGGGGCUUGCAGCUCGCUCCCUGGCAUUCGGGGAAAAGUUUUUCUUCUGUCUUCUUGCCUCUGCUGCAAGAUCGCUACAAAUGUCUGUAAGCACAUUGCAGAGUCUUGUUGGGGGGGGGGGGGGGGGGGGGGGGGGGGGGGGGGGUUUCCUCAAAGAGUCCAGGAAAUAUGUAAAACUUGUAGCUUUCUAGAGAAGAGAUUAGUUAUCAAGGCAUAUAGGAGGAAUCUGUGUAAGGUCUCUGCAAUGUUUUUGAGGAUUAUGCUCUUGGGAGCCAUGGGAUGUUUGGAGCUUGGGUUUGCCAUUAAACCCAUAAAAAAUUUCAUCCUCUACAAAUUGGUACUUGCUCAGGAAUCUGUAAAAUGGAAACUGUACUCAUUUUGAUGUAUUUAAUGCAGUUCGAUUAUACUAGCAUAAUAUCUGAUCCUAGAAAAAACCCAUAAUUUUGGCCCAAUCAAGUCAAAGAUGGAGCAUGCAUGAAACAUGGCUCAGAAAAUGAAAGAAGCAUAAAACAUGGCUCGAGGGUCAUUAGCUCUUUCUCUUCGUUUUUUAAUCAUAGUUGAGCAUGAUGACAACUAGGGGGUGAAAUUAGGCCAAAUCCAACUCUCACUUGUCAUUACUCUAAAAAACCUCGAUUUUAUCUGGUCAAGCAUUUAACUUGAUCCGGCCCGAUUCCAUUAUUCUUUAGCAUAGCCAUGUCUAGUCUGUAUAAGUAGGAUUGGAUCGAGCCGAUCGGCCGACUCACAUCAAUAAACACACGGUUUUUCAUAAUUUUAUUUUCGUUCCCUAAUUUAUUUUUUAUUAUAUUUUAGUAUCUAACUUUUUUUACAAGAAGGUCAAGAAAUUUUGGUGGUAAAAUUACAUCUAGUACCUUAAUAAUUUUUACCUUUAGUACCUAAAAUUUAAAACGUUACAAACAGGUCUAAUGUGUUGGUAUGAGAAAUGACAUAUCACUAGACACUAGUUGUUGUUAUGUGUAAUAAGGCAAAAAAAUAAUUCGCGCCACUAAUCCUACCAAACCCUUACUAGAUAAAAAAGACCCGACAUCAAACUGACGCGAUAAACAAAGCGAGACAGUCAGAAUUUAACCGGCUCGAAUUAGUGAGUAUCCAAGACUAGACUUACCAAGUAAAAGAGAGCUUUGUAAACACUAAAAAAAAAAAUCAUCAAACUGCAGGUUUCAAGGAAAGCCAUCAAUUUCAAACCACAACUCAUAUCGCUAAUUUGUUGGUCCAAUUUGGGUUGACCCUGAUGCGACUUAGUGCGGUUCGACCGUAUCAAUUCCCAUUACUUGCUAGUUGCUACUAGACUUGUUAAUGAACCAAGCCGGUCAUGAACGGCUCGGCGUCCGAUUCGAGAAAAACUCGUUCGACACUCGAUUCGUUUUAAUCGAGUUGGCUUGCGAACAAACUCAUUAACUAAACGAGCCAAACUCGAGUCAUACUAUGUUCAGCUCGAAAGCUCGCGAACAAGCUCAUUUAACGGUUUGGUAUAAUAAAUGAUUGAGAUUCAUGGAUUUUAUCUAUUGAAAUCGAGAUAAAUAUUGUGUUUUGUUUUGCUAGACUUUACUACAGUUUUGAAUGUAAUUUUGUGCUCAAUUUUGACUCAAUCUUGAACUACAAUGAACAUUUUAUAUGUUG